GCUGCUGCGGAGGGGUCUCCUACAGAGACUGGUCCCAAAACAUGUACUUCAAUUGCACACCCCAAAAUCCCAGCCGGGAGUUUUGCUCGGUGCCUUAUUCCUGUUGCCGGCAACCGGAAGACCAGUUGGUCAUCAACACCAUGUGCGGCCAAGGGGUUCAGAUGCUCAGCUACCCCAUAGCCGGAGAAAUCAUUCACACCAGCGGCUGCAUCGAUAGGCUGGUGGACUGGAUGCACAGCAACCUCCUGCUCAUCGGUGCAGUGGCCCUGGGCCUGACGCUCCCCCAGGUAAGCAGAAGAAUAAGGAAUUAGAAUAAGAACAAUUAGGAA